CAGAGUAUCUGCCAGGCGCGAGCCGCUGUCAUGGUGUAUGACGAUGCCAAUAAGAAGUGGGUCCCAGCCGGCGGCUCCACGGGCUUCAGCAGAGUCCACAUCUACCACCACACAGGCAACAACGCUUUCCGUGUGGUGGGGCGCAAGAUCCAAGAUCAUCAGGUGGUGAUCAACUGUGCCAUUCCCAAGGGGCUGAAGUACAACCAGGCCACGCAGACCUUCCACCAGUGGCGUGAUGCCCGGCAGGUCUACGGUCUAAACUUUGGCAGUAAGGAGGACGCUAACGUGUUUGCCAGUGCCAUGAUGCACGCCCUGGAGGUUCUCAACUCCCAGGACACAGGCCCCACAUUGCCCAGACAGGGCCCCCAGGUUCAGAAUGGCCCCACACAAGAGGAGAUGGACCUGCAGAGAAGGCAGCUCCAGGAACUGCAGAGGCAAAAGGAGAUGGAACGGGAGCGUCUGGAACGAGAGCGCCUGGAGCGAGAGCUGCAGGAACGCGAGCGACAGGAGCGCGAACGUCAGGAACAGGAGCGCCAGGAGAGGGAGGCGCAGGCAGAGAGGGAGCGACUGGAGCGAGAGCGCCAGGAGCAGCAGGAGCGCACUGAGCGUGAGCUGAUGGAGAGGGAGAAGGCAGAGAGAGAGCGGAUGGAGAGGGAGCAGCAGGAGCAGUUGGACAGAGAGCAGCAGGACUGGGAGAGAGGGAGACGCAUCUCCAACGCUGCCUUCGAAAGCACCCUGUACUCUCCCACGCCGCAGGAGUACGGCAGGACGUCAUCUACCCCCGCAUCUCCAUCCACACCCACCUACCCAGCUCCCGGGACACCGUCGCCCUCCUCCACCACACCCCCAACCCCACCUCUGAGGCACUCGGCGUCCCGAUUCGCCACCUCACUCGGUUCUGCCUUCCACCCAGUCCUUCCUCACUACGCCACGGUACCGAGGCGACAGCAGGCCCUUCCCCAAGCCCCGCCUCCUGCUCCCGCUCCUGCCCCCUGCCCUCCACCCAAGUCUGCGGUGUGGUCCGCGUCCAACUUCACUCCCUUGCCGCCCUCGCCCCCCGUCAUGAUAAGCAGCCCCCCAGGGAAGGCUACAGGCCCGCGGCCGCUCAUCCCCAUCCCAGCACCUUCCCCUCUCACCCAGAAGCCCCCAUCGCCAUCCCCAAACGGCCCGCCCAUGUUCCCCGCACCUUCCCCGGUCACCAUCCCGCACAGCCACACCCCGAUCGGCAUCUCUUGCCCCACCCCGCCUCCCCCGCCCACCCCGCCCCCUCUCCCUUCCCCCAUGGCUCCCCCUCCGUCUUCCUCCGUCUCGUCUCCCCCCUCCUCAUCCCAUGCUCCUGGUGUGCCCUCUCCCUCCACAGCGCUCCCUGCUGCUGCAGCCGCCGCCGCCUCUGCUGAGCACCUCUCCCUCCCUGUGGGCCUGGGCCUGUCAGGGCCGGGGGAGAUGGACACAGCCGCAGGCCCAGAGCCCUACCCGCUUCAAGGGGGCUUCUCCUCUCAGCCCCAGCCCCAGGCGGGGUUGACCACCCCGACCCCUCCCCCACCUCCACCCCUGCCACCCGGCUCCACUGUGACCUCGGCGGCCGCCACCCCGGCUGUCACCCCCACCGGCCCAGCCGUCCACCCUCCCCCACCCCCACCACCACCCCUGCCUCCCACACUGACCCCAGGCGGGACCCCCCCUCCUCCACCCGGCCCUCCUCCUCCUCCCGGAGCCCCACUCCCUCCCCCAGCGCCUCCCCUUCCCGUCGGCCUCUUCUCUCCUACAGAGGGCCCGAUCUCAGGCCUGGCCGCCGCCCUCGCCGGAGCCAAGCUGCGCAAAGUGCCAAGGAGUGAUGAUGCAGGGGCAGCUCUGGCAGCAGCCUUGUCGGGGGCUGCAGGGGCCAAAACGGAGGCCAGAGGCAACGGCCCUCUGCCUGGAGGAGGAGGGCUUAUGGAGGAGAUGAGUGCUCUAUUGGCCAGGAGGAGAAGAAUUGCAGAGAAGGGCUCAUCACCUGAACCUGACCAGAGAUCAGAGGAGGGUGAUAUAAACACGACCCCUAAAGUGUCAGCCUGUAGCACACCAGACAUGCCCAGGAAGCCAUGGGAAAGAACAAACACAAUGAACGGUAGCAAAUCUCCAGUUAUCGGAAGACCGAAAUCCACUCCAACACCUACUGCAUCCUUAAGUGCCAACGGUGUGCCAACAGAAGCUAUUGACUAUGACAGAUUGAAACAGGACAUUCUGGAUGAGAUGAGGAAGGAGCUGUCAAAGCUAAAAGAAGAGCUCAUUGAUGCAAUCAGGGAGGAGCUGGGCAAGUCCAGCACGGCAUAGAGGUUCCAAACUCCCUGUUCACAACAUCUAAACCCACGUGAGCCCGACAGACAA